AUGAUGAAGAGCCGGUAUGUGACGGUAUACCCGUUGCUACAGAGGAGAAACGUUGCGAGUGUGUUCAAGAGGUCUUACCAAGAGAUUAAGAGCGCGUCUGGAAUAACUAUAAAGGUGCUGCAAAGUGACAACGGCGGCGAAUACCGGAACACAACGAUGAACAACUUUUGCAAGGCAAAGUUCGUCAAGCGAGGGUUCUCGGUUCCGUUCAACCCUAAACAGAACGGGAUGGCGGAGUGGAUGAACCGCACGCUGGUGGAGAUGGCGCGCUGCAUGCAUAAGGACAGCGGCAUCGACAAGUCGUACUGGUGUGAGGCACUGAUGACAGCAGCAGGCAUUCUAAAAAAUAUCCUGAACGCGUCGAACAAGAACUCAAUCCCGCACGAGAUGGUGUUCAAGAAGGUUUUGCGCACGAUGCAAUCAAUAGGAGUAGAAAGUAAACAUGCAUUAAAAAUAAUCAAGUACUAA